AUGAAUUCUUUUUCUCGACACUUAAAAAAAUAUUACUUCAAUCGUUGUUCCAGAAAAAGGUUGGCUAACCUUUUCACCUCAAAUGGUAUUUUUAAGAAAGAAAAUAAUGGAGUUCGUGAAUUCGUACUUAAACUAACGAAUGAAAAAAAUGCACUAAUGAAUGAAAACACAGAACUGUUUAAACUUUGGAGAAUACGUGACGCAAGAGCAGCUCUUGAAUUCAUCCGAAGUCAUGUUACUUCCCAGGAAAAAAAACAUGGAGAGCCUCUUUGGAAUGAACCUAUUGAUAAAAUGUUAAAGAAAAUAUCGGGACAAGAAAAAUUUAAAAGAAGUCUGGAAGAAACGUGUGAACUAAAUAAAGUGUCUAUAAAUGCCAUACAAAAAUGCAUUUGUGGACUAUAUCAUACAGCAUCAAAACCACUGCAUGGUUACGAUGGAAAUAAUAUUAUUAUUUCUGCAAAGGAUUGGGUAGAAAAUGAAAUAAUUGCCCUAGGUCUCCUCUUCAAAUAUUAUAGUAUUCCUUUCGUUUAUAAGGAUAAGAUGGGAGACUCUAAGAAUUUUCCAUACAAGAUAGUUGUGAAAUAA